AUGGAAGUACAACACGGUGCCCGACCGGUCGGCUUACGGUCGCGUUUGGCGCCGACAGAGUCGGCGCCGUCGCAUACAUGCCAGACGGCUAUAUGCCAAACACGGCUGUCCCAGAAUCCGUUAUCAGCGUUUUCUGUUAUCGUCGUCACGGCGGCGGUGGCAACCGACUCUGUUUUGGUCACCCGCUCAGAGUGCUCACUGCUCAGACACCGUUCGUUUACGCCGCGCGUCACACGUACCACGGACUUGUCGUCUUUUCGUCGCGUAGGAUGCGAUUGGUUCCCUUCCGGUUCAUCACGACCAUCCGCCGCACACCUAAGUACGCCCGACACGUCUAGAGGAUUAAAGUGA